CCAAAUAGAUGUCUGACUCUGCAUCCAAUUCCUCGUCACUCUCCACUUUAACAAAAGUGUUCAUUGGAGCAGGAGUAGCUGCUGUUGCUGGUGUUGGCCUUUAUUAUCUCUUUAGAGAGGAAGGAGGACAGGAAUCUACAACACCACCACACAAGGCUACUACUACUAGUACUACUAGUAAGAGCACUAAGGUUGAUAUUGAUAAGAUAUCUAAAGCACAAGUCCUUGAGAUUAUGAAGGCUAUUCUCGCUUCCCAGGAUGAGAUGAAACAAACAAUGAAGGUCCUCACUCGGGACUUAGCCGAUGCCCAGGCUAAGGGGGAUGAUGAGGCUAUGCAGUUCCAAAACGUUUACAAUAAGGUUCAAGCUGUCCAACCUAAGGAUCCUCUCGAGACAUAUGGACUUAGUAUGAUGGAAUUCGAUCAGUUGUUGGAUAGGGAACAAAAUGAUCCUCAGAUCCGUGAAUGUAUCGUUGAGAUCAUGGGCGGCAAGAUACCUGAGGGCGGUCCUCAACCUACCAAACAAUUAUCGGUUAAGCAGAUAAUAUCUAUCCAUGAAUUCAUGCUACAACAAUUGGAUCGUAUUGUAACAGAGUUCUCUGCUAUGCCUGAAUCGGUCCGUGCUAAGUUUGAUAUGAAGACCGUUACUAUCGCGGCCCAGGCUAUUGUUGGUAGUGCAGUAGAGAAUAAGUUCUCUGUCUCCUCGGAUGAUAUUGAGAGUGCAGUUAUGUUAAAUCAUGCUCAGCUAUCUGUUAGUCAACAGUUUGCUAAUAUUAAUAUAAAGAUGCAGGAGACCAUGACCAAGUUGAUGGAUCAGGCCAUGGGAGGUAGUACAUCGCAGUAG